AUGGAAUUAGUUCAAGUCACUUCACAAGAAAUCAUCAAACCAUCUUCACCAACACCCCCUCACCUUAAGUACUUCAAAAUCAGUAUUUUCGACCAGCUUUACCCCGUAUAUUAUGAACCACUUUUGUUCUUUUAUCGCUCCAAUCCCAAUCUUUCUAUUGAAGAGAAAUUGGGUCGAUUGAAAGAGUCUUUAUCGAAAACCCUAACUCGGUUUUACCCACUUGCCGGAAAGAUCAAAGACUCUACCACCAUCCAUUGUAACGACGAGGGCGUUUUGUUUGCAGUAGCCAGAGUUGGUUACGCCAUGAUUGAUUGUCUUAAACCUCUAAACAUUGAGCUACUAAACAAGUUUAUUGUGUUACACCCUACUUGCAAAGAGUCACCGGAGAAGUCGGUGCAACUUGGCAUUCAGGUUAACAUCUUUACAUGUGGUGGUAUUGCUAUUGGUAUCUCUUUCUUACACAAGUUCAUAGAUGGUACCACCUUUAUGGCUUUCGUCAAAGGGUGGGCUGCCAUCACUCGCGAAAAUUUCAAUCAAGAAUGGUGUCGACAUAGUGUGGGAGCAUCACUUUUCCCACCUAAUCAUGGACAAUUUUCAGCUCAAAUGCCAUUCUUCGCGGAAAUCACUCCGAGGCCGGAACAGAAGAAGAUCGCAAAAUGGUUUGUGAUUGAUGCUGCUGCCAUAACUUCGCUCAAAAUGAAGUCUAGAAGUGAAAAUGUUUAUAACCCAACUCGCGCGGAAGCAAUCUCUGGACUCAUAUGGAAAUGCCUCAUAAGCAGUGAUUCUCCAGAACCGACUACGUUGGUACACUUAAUUAAUUUACGGCCAAAAUUAAGUCCUCCGCUACCGGAGAAUUCCGUCGGGGUUAUUAUGUGGAGAGCAAUUGCAACUUAUGACCCAAGAAAGGAAAGAAAGAAAGAACUACCUCGCUUAGUGGAUCUUCUGAGAAAAUCAAUAGCGGAAGUGAGUGCCGAAUAUCUGUCGAAGUUGCAGGGCCAAGAAGGGAAGGAGAAAAUGUUUAAGGUACUAGAAGAAGGGAGAGAAAUCUAUGCUAGGUCAAGAAGAACUUAUGUGGUUUCUAGUAUUAGCAAGAUGGGAUUCUAUGAAGCAGAUUUUGGAUGGGGAAAUCCUUUAUGGGCGACGGUAUCACCGAUCAUUCAAGAAGUGCAAAUUAACAUGAUUUACCAAAUUCAGACCGAAUCUGGCAAUGGCAUAGAAGUAAUGGCGAUAUUAGAGGAUCGUGACAUGGAGAAAUUGGAACGCCAUCCUGAAUUCCGUGCAUAUGCAAGAUUGAAACCCGACUUCCAAGCCUUGCAAGCUUGUAUAUAG